CAACACACGUCUACACUCUCUGACUGACAGACACACACCACCUCCACGCACACACUCAAACACGCACAAACACUCACACACACAUACUAAGAGUGACUGCAGGCUGCAGGUCCACAUUCCGCCGAGAGGGAGGGAGGGAGACACUCCCAGUGAUCCGCAGAGGUUGAACCAGUCCAGUUGAUGGGAUGCAGAGAGGAGAGCGAGGGAGAUGAUCCUGAAGCAGAACCAGUAUCAGGGCUGCAGCACUACCGGAAACCAUGGCCAAACACUGGACUCCUGAUCCCCGGUGACCGGCGUCACCAUGCCUACUCCCACCAUCCUCAGGGCAACCAGGAGUCCUCGGAGAAGCUGUUAGGCUCACAGGCGUCAGUGAGCGGUUCAGCACUGACACCAGGAGGCAGAGAUGGUUUCCCACUGGAGUCUCCUGCUGAUCUUCACACUGCAGGUGAACACGGGACUGGUCUUUGGAUGCGUGUGUCCAGCAGCCACCUUUUUGACCCAGUUCCCCUCUGAGGUUCCUGCUGAUGUCUGCUGCCUGAACUACUCUGGUUCUGCUCUAAGCCACGUGCACUGGUCUGUGUUUACCAAUGAGACAAGCAUAGAGACAGUGGAUCUGUCCAACUGUAACAUCAGCUCUGUUGAUGUGAGUGGCAGGGAGAACUCCACCCUGCAGAAGGUUGACUUGGCUCAUAAUAGACUAACCACGUUGCCGAGGGGGUUUCUGUCCGGCCAGCCCAGCCUGAUGGAGCUGGACCUGAGUGGGAACCUGCUGCAGGAGCUCCCUGAGGGUUUCCUCCAGGACUCGGACGGCCUCCAGAUGCUGCACCUUCAGGGAAACCAGCUGCGCCUCCUUCCCAAGUCUGUGCUGCAGAGACCAGGUCUGAGAAGGCUGGAGCUGGAGGGGAACCCCUGGGACUGCUCCUGUUUGCUCCUGGAGGCGCUGGAGGGAGGCAUGAAGGCCAACAGGACCACCAAGCUGCAGGAUCUUGUGAGGAACAUGACCUGCGCCUCUCCGGCUCACCUGGCCGGCAGGAACGUGUGGUCAGUAAGCAUAGGUAACGUGUGCCGCCCUGCUGGCCUCACUGCACUCUUCAUCGUGCUCCCACUCGUCAUCCUCGCUGGCUUGGUGCUCUGCUGGUGCUGCGGGAGGAAGAGGAGGAAGAAGGAAGCUCCUGUGUUCAGCCCCUCCAAGAAGAAGGCGUCCAACUCCACCAGCAACGGCCAGAAACAUCUCAGCAAACACCCGCCUGCAGCCGCUGAGCAGAGGGAGGCUGGAGGCAGCGGCAGUGAGGGGAUCCUGAAGAACCAGCUGCUGCUACGUCCGGCGUCCGCCCUUCUGGGCAGCACCAGGGACAUCUAUGAGGAGGUGGAGAUCAAGCUGGGCUCAGUGGAGUCACUGCCGUGCUCCAGCUCCAUGGAGGGGAGGCAACGCCCCCAGGAACCUGACGGGGUCAGCAAGACCGAGCUGGACACGGUCAGUGUGACGGAGGUGAUGAAAGACUCGUCCGACAGGGAGAAGGCCUACAUGACCCAGUCCACUGAAUACUACAGCCUGGUUCCAGGCAUCGAGCUGGAGGACUCGGACCACGGGGACUACGAGAACGUCGACCUCUCGUGACAACGUCUUAAAGGACGAGUUCCACAUUGAAGGAAGUAGAACUAUUAGCUUUUCUUGCUGAGUUACAUGUAAAGAUCAGCGCCGUCACAUGUUUGUGGUAAAGUGUUUUUCACUCCGUUGCUUGUUUAGUUGUACUAUUUAAUUUUAUACAAAUACGAAUAUUUUGAAGCCAUGUUUUGAGGCCUUUAAGUAGCCUAGCUUAGCAUUAUGACAACAUGGGAAAAAACUAGCCUCGUACUGCCCAAGUUAAGAAAAUUAUAAAUUUAUGUCUCAAUGUAUCUCAGUUCAUCAUUUUAAUUGCAAAACUUUUUUAAUGCCACAUUAAUUCAUUUUUAAAAGGCAAGAUUAAAUACCUUUAAGACUUUUUACACAACAUUUUAAACUUUUUAAUAACUUUCAAGUCCAUGAUUCCCUAAAGAAUUAUGAUAAAAGCUAAAGUGGCUAGCUUGCUAAUUGUCAAUAAGCUUGCUCAGGGUUCGGUAAUUCCAAGCUCCAAGAUUUGUCGGAACGCGGCUUGAGUCCCGCUAGCUGUUUCCCCCUGCUACCAGUCUUUAUGCUAAGCUAAACUGGUCAUCUACCGGCUUCCUACGAACUCACAGACAAUGAGAAUUGCACUGGUUGUGUGCAUGUGUGUGUUUGUGUGUGUGUGUGUGUGUGUGUGUCAGUAAAAGCUGUGGACACAGGGACAGCGUGGUCCUAACCCACUGUGGUAUCACAAUGUAAGAGGAAGUGAUUUAAUCCACAGCUUUUCCUGUGGGACCUGAGGGGACGCACUGACUGUUUGAAAGAGGCCCACCUCUUCUAUCUGGAAAAAAAACCAACGCCAACAUUUGUGUGUUUUUCCAGAUUAACACCAUGAAAACCUAAACUUAAUGUAUCAAGUCUGGAAAGAUCAGGACUUGUUCUUUCCUUUAACGCUCCCAUAUACAGUUCUCUGGUUUCUCACACAGGAAGUUCUGGAUCCAACUCAUCCAGCAGAAGCUGCACAACUAGAAAUAUAGGUGAACAAUGACUAAUCCCAUCAGUAUGUCCACGGUUCAUUUGAUAGGAAAUGUGGAAUGUGAAGCUUGGUUGGGAAAUCUAAAUUUAUAUACAUCAUUGUCUCAGCAAGUGUAACAGGACCUUAUCCUACUGGUGCAUUGUGGUGCAAACUAAAAUGUGUGCUGCAACAAAACCACACUGGAGAGGAACCCGACACUGAACUCAUCAUCAUGAAGACGCACACACUUGUUAUCUAAGACUGUAGAGAAGUGACGGGCGUCUCACUCUCACACUCGCUGGCUUUCAGAGCUGAUUGGUUUGUGUUCGGUGAGACGGAGGCAGCGAGGGUGCAGCGCAGGGCGUGGAGCUUCCUGGAAUUUAGAAGACAGGGGAGUAUGUUCCAGACGGGUUUUGCACAUAUUUUCCAUCAAAGCUUUAAUUAUUCAACAUUGUUGAGGUUCAGUCCAAAUGUCAAAAAGCCUUUCGGUCAAAAGAGGAACUGACAAAUGAGGGAAAAGUUGAGAUUUCUGCUCAGAUAUCUCCAAAGAUUUUCUUUUCGUAUGUAAUUUGAGAGGAAAUCUGGGGGUUUUAUCUUCCAGGAGGACAUUUACAAAACUCUGCAACUCGAUGGUGCUCAGCCCUGAUGGUCCUUUUGAUGUGUUGCAAGAUAUUUGAUGUUUAAAGGUUAAAAAGUGAAAAGCACAGAGCUGAAUUGUAAGAAAUAUAUACAGCCCUCAAAUGCACUUCCACUGCUUUAACCUGCUUUACAAGAGCAAUUCCUCUUUAUCCUCAAGUCGUUAAACAUCAUACUGUAUCAUAUAUCAAGCGUCCAUUAAGCCAAACCUUAAAUUAUGUCAAUACGUUUAUUUAUGAUCAAAUGUCAAUUUUCAGUUGUUGAGUUGUUGAAACCAAUGGUCACCUGCUGGAAGUCACUUUCUGCUUCUUGUGUCUGAAAUCAAGGUCUCAUUGUUUUAAAACUAACACCAUCUGAUUGUUUAUAAAAAAAUAGAUGUAAUUAUUAAAACUAUAAUGCCAACAGACACUGGAUCUUUAAUAUUGUGUGAUGAGGGACUCGUGACCUCAGUGUUUCCAAAACCCUGGGAUUUGAAAAGUGAAAUAAGGCCUCAUUUUAUUUUAUAUACACAGUAACAUGAAUAUUACCUCCUUGUUCAAAAAGAAAUGGGUGAACUGCUACAACCUGUAAUAAAAGCAUUGGUCCAAUGUUUGUACUGACUGAUGCACUCUCGAUUGUUUUUAAAUGCAACAGCUUUAAAUAUCGUCGAAAGAUUAAUAAAUGCUUUUUACUUUCAAAGA